AUAACUUCUAUCCCUUUUUUUACUGCUACUAUUAUUAUCUUAGAUUUAAAUCGUACUCGAAAUUGGAAAAAACAAUUAAGUGCACAGAAAAAAUUAGAAUUAGAAAAUUGAAAUGGCAUUCUUAAAAACAUCACUUAUAACACAAUAUAGUUUGAGUGUUGCUGGAUUUAUUGGUGUAUAUAUUUUGUCACGCUAUUUAUAUAAUUAUGCUUCUGAUUUAACAAUGUCAAGUUAUCGUGACAAAUCAGCUUUAUAUGGAAGAGAAUUAAAACCUGGAGAACCUCCGUCUUGGCCGUAAUAUAUUAGUUAUAUUUCCUAAAAAAACAAUUUAUAUAUUAAAAAAUGUAAAGUUCAUUGUAACUAUAAAAGAAUAAUAAACUA